GGAUGCGGUUGGUACGCGCCAGGCUCCCCCGCUCCGCGCAGUGGUUUGGCCGCCGCAGCCCAGCAGGCGGCGCGGCUCCCCGCACUUGUUACAGAUCAGCCCGUCUCCCUGAAGCCUCGCGCUCGCACCCCUCUGUCCGUGGAGCCCGCAUACCCCCGAGUGGCCCGCGGUGACCCCAGCGCGCGCCUUCCGAUCCCGCUAUGGUCCGUCCGCGCCGCGCCCCACACCGCUCCGGCCCUGGGGGCCUUUUGGGGAGUCGCGGCCGCGCCCGGAGGCCGCUGGUGGUGCGUGCGGUGCGCUCGCGCUCCUGGCCCGCCAGCCCCCGGGGCCCGCAGCCGCCGCGGAUCCGGGCCCGCUCCGCCCCUCCCAUGGGAGGCGGCCAUGUCUCCGGAGUGCUGGGUCCCGUUGGGCCCUCCUCGCCUGGGCAGUCCCUUGGGGGGCUGGCUGUCAGUGAGCACCAGCUUAGCAACAAGCUGCUGGCCUGGAGUGGAGUGCUGGAGUGGCAGGAGAAGCGCAGACCCUACUCUGACUCCACAGCGAAGCUGAAGCGGACCCUGCCCUGCCAGAUCUAUGUGAACCCAGGCGAGAACCUGAAGACGGACCAGUGGCCACAGAAGUUGAUCAUGCAGCUCAUCCCACAGCAGCUGCUGACCACGCUGGGCCCUCUGUUCCGCAACUCCCAGCUGGCACAGUUCCACUUCACCAACAGAGGCUGUGACUCGCUCCAGGGGCUCUGCCGCGUGAUGGGCAAUGGCUUUGCUGGCUGCAUGCCCUUCCCCUACGUCUCCCCCUGUGCAGUGCGCGUGCUCAUACUGCUGUACUCGACCAAGAAGAAAAUCUUCAUGGGCAUCAUCCCCUAUGACCAGAGGGGCUUCAUCAAUGCCAUCCGGCAGGUUAUCACCACCCACAAGCAGGCACUGGGGCUUGGCAGUGUCCACUCGGGCCCUGUCCAGAUCAUCAACAACAAGUUCCUGGCCUGGAGCGGCAUCAUGGAGUGGCAGGAGCUCAGGCCUGAGCCCAGCAGUCAACCCAGGAGGUGGUUGUCAUCACAUGUCUACGUGAACCAAGGAGAGAUCCUGAGGACCGAGCAGUGGCCAAGGAAGCUGCGCAUGCACCUCAUCCCGCAGCAGCUCCUGACUACCCUGGUGCCGCUGUUCCGGAACUCGCGCCUUGUGCAGUUCCACUUCACCAAGGACGUGGAGACACUGAAGAGCCUGUGCCGGAUCAUGGACAAUGGCUUUGCCGGCUGCGUGCACUUCUCCUACAGGACUGUGUGCGAGGUGUGCGUGCUCAUGCUGCUGUACUCCUCGGAGAAGAAGAUCUUCAUCGGCCUCAUCCCCCAUGACCAGGACAACUUCUUCAGUGGCAUCCAGCACGUCAUAGCCAAUCAACAGCAGGUCCUUCAGCGGAACCUGGAGCAGGAGCAGCAGCAGCGAGGGAUGGGCGGGUAGAGGUCCGGCCUGGCCCUCCAGGAGUUGCCAAAGAAGCCCUGGCAGACUGGUCAGAUGCUUCUGAGCAGGGGGCCUCUGGGGACCUUAACUGCCCCGCAUCGUGGAGGUCGGUGUCCUGAGCGUUCCAAGGACAUUUCCCACCCGUGUUUAUCUAAUAAAGCCUUUUAAAAACCU